GCGUUUGUAGCGUGGCAUAGUCUCGUGGCAGUUGCUUACUUCAUUCACUCAGUCCGGAACCAGCUCUAGAGCCGUACGUUUACGCUAUUGGCCGGAGUAGUAAUAAUAAUAGUAAAAAUAAAUAAAAUUAUGAAGUGCGCGUUCGGUGUUCUGUUCGCCCUCAUGUUGGCGGUCGCCAAUUGCGACAACAAAGACGAAUUUAAAAUUGAUGUGAUUAGCAAACCGGAAGUAUGUGAGGUCAAGACGAAAAACGGUGACAUGUUGACGAUGCACUACACCGGCACACUUACGGACGGCACGAAAUUCGACUCUAGCUUGGACAGAGACCAACCCUUCAGUUUCCAAUUGGGCGUUGGUCAGGUGAUCAAGGGUUGGGAUCAAGGUUUGACCGACAUGUGCGUCGGCGAGAAACGUAAACUCAUCAUUCCACCAAGCCUCGGCUACGGCGACCGUGGAGCAGGAAACGUUAUUCCUGGUGGAGCAACUUUGAUCUUCGAAGUUGAACUCAUCAACAUCGGAGACUCUCCACCGACCACUAACGUUUUCAAAGAGAUCGAUGCCGAUAAGGACAAUAUGCUAAGUAGAGAAGAAGUAAGGGGUUUUGUAAGCGAAUACCUUAAGAAACAAAUGGUAGCUGCUGAAGGAGACAGCCCCAGUGAAGAGGUUAAAAACAUGUUAGCAGACCAUGACAAACUCGUCGAAGAAAUCUUCCAACACGAAGAUAAAGACAAGAACGGCUUCAUUUCCCACGAGGAGUUCUCCGGACCCAAACACGAUGAAUUAUAACUGACUUGACUGAAUGCAUUUAGUUUUAACAUUUUUUAUCAGUCUUUCAAUUGAAUAGGCGAAUUUUAAAUGGGUUUUUUACCUUUUAUACUUUAUAUUUAGGUAACUAAGACAUCGAAAAACUCCUGUAAUUUUGAUAUUUGUAUGCUGAAAGUUGUUAAUUUUUUCAUUCCUUGGUUUUAUACGUAUUUAUUUUUUUAGUAUAUUUGCAUUAUUACUUAAAAAUUGUUAAGCUUUUAAAGAUUUUUGUAGUUUUGUUGUAGUAUUUGUACAUUGGAUCAAAACAAUUUAUGUGCAAUUUAUUUUAAUCGUUGUUACAUAAAUAAUUAGUACAGUUAUAUUACACGGUUUUCUAUAAAA